AUGACCAGUACUGCCUCUGACGCGUCAGCCGGUGUCGACGUCGACGUCGAUAGGGAGGAUAUCGAGACCAAACCUGUCUUGAAGGCAAAAGGGAAGGGGAAGCGCGGUGGAAAGAAGAAGAAAGCCGGUAACGACGAGAUCGUAGACGGACGCGGGCGUCCGCGGUUGGUGCCCGACCGCCAGCUUGCGGAUAUUCGCACAUUCGCCGCCCGCUAUAUCGAUAGACGUGACGCAAAGGAUUCGGAGGGAGUGAAGGCGGUCUUCCGCGACGCGGUGGGUAAGAUCAUGGGGAAGUACGACUGGGAGGACCCCCUGCGUGAGUUGGGGCCGGAUGAGGAGGUUGAUAGCGACGCGGAGGGUGAGGAGAUCACGGAGGCGCGGGUUAAGGCUGCGAUGAGCAAGAAGAACCCGGAGGCCGACGACGCGGUCCUCGCCACCGUAUACAAGAGGGUGAAGAGCGUAAUGUUUCAGGAGUACACGAAGGCCAAAAGCACCAAGCCAACACCGCCGCUCGACGCGAAGAAGUGGCUGAUGAAGAUGUUCGAGCACCCCAAGCGGCAGCCGGAGUACCUCUUCUUCUAUUCGCGUCUGACGGACGAGAUGAAGGAGGAGAUCGAGAGCCUGAAGAGCGCGGCGGCGGCGGAGGCGGAACAGGCCGACGGCUCGCCGAAACCGGGCGCGCCCUAUACGAACAUCGUGGCUGCGAAAUAUCUGAAACUGGCUUCGGAUGAGGUGAAGGCGGAGGUCGCCAAAGAGCGCGAGGAUCACUACGAGACGGAGGUUGCCCAGUGGAAGAGACUGGUGGAACUGAAGCCGGCAAGCCGCGCGGAGGCGCGAACCUUCCUCGAACUGAUCAACGGGCAACUUGUGCCGAUUGCGCAAAGCGUCGCUGAGCUGGUUUCUGGAAUGUGUGUCUGGAUAACGGCGGCGCCGGGGAUGGUACUCUGUGCGGAAGGAACGUUGGACGUACCGAAUCGCGUUACCAAGAGCUUCAGCCAGAUCGAGAACGACCUGGUCAAAGGCUUCGGGACCCACGUCAUGAACCAAUCAAAUCUACUGAAUGACUUGAAGUGGCCCGUAGAUAUGGAGGAAGCCAUGGCCUCGGGCGCCCUUGAGACCUUGGACGAGUACGACAGCGAUGAUCGGUGGCCGGUUCAAGUGGACAAAGUGGCAGUGCCGCCGUCUGAGGCGCGCGAACUAGCACGAAGGGACCGAUCACCACCGGACGCGGGUGGCUCUCAGAAGCGCACGGACGCUACGGUCAUUCCUGAAGCGACGAUGAUGGAACGGCAGCACGAGGCGCGUCUGCUUAAGCCCAUGUCGGUGGUGGUGGAGUACGACGCCCCCAGGCCGAGAGCGCGGGUAGGAGACCGUGGCGCGCAUACACCACAGAGCAGCGCGGCUGGGCUCCGCCACGCGCCGUCGGCGGAGGAUGUCGAGAUGACGGGUUUCAACGCGCUACCUCCUCUGGAGCCCGAGCCCAAUGCCGUCGAGAAGCGCGUACCCGACUCGUCGCCGGAGGACAUUACGCAGUCGAUCUCGGACCUGCCGCCCACGCAAGACGCCAAGCGUAAACGCGUCAAGAAGCGCGUGCCCGAGUCCUCGACGGCGGACCUUGUACAGUCGAGCUCGGACCAGGCGCCCGCGCAGGACCCCAAACCGAAGCCUAGGCCCAGGCCGAAGCCAAAACCGACAGCGAAGACCAACGCUGAGCGAGUCCUACCGCCGAGGCAGCGUUCGACUAGUCAACAGAUCGACGGCGGCGGGGAUCGUAACCGGAACGACGAGUCGGAUGGCGGCCUGGAACCAAUGAAUGACGGCCACAACGCGAGCAAGGUGCAUGAUGCCGGCGCGAGCGCGGAGAAUGACCUCGCUCUCAGCACGGCGAAGGAUGACGGUACCGCGAGCGCGGACAAGGACCUGGCUCUCAGCACGGCGAAGGAUGCCGGUAGCGCGAGCGCGGACAAGGACCUGGCUCCCAGCACGGCGAAGGAUGCCGGUAGCGCGAGCGCGGUGAAGGAUGCCAGUAGCGCAAGGAAUUCUGAGGACGUUGGGGCGAGCCGGGAUAAAGACGCCGUAGCGCCGGCAUUGCUCGAUGCGCAGGCGGAGACUGAGGGUGUGCAGGGCGGAGUUCCAGAUGUGGAGGUUGAGAGGUCGAGCGACGUGGUAAACGCACGAAUACUGGGUAUGACCGCAACGUUGGCUUUCGAGUCGGAAAGGAUGAUCCCGGCUGGCGUUGAUACGAAGAAAUACCUCGCGGAGUCUCGGGCGGCUACGCAAGUUCUCGAAGCUAGGGCGAAGAAGAAGUGGUUCGUUGCGAUACGGAUGGGCGCUUUCCUGACGGGCGUCGCGACCAAGUUGCCCGUCAACGUAAAGGCGUUGGGCUGUAAAGUGGCGCAGAGCUACUGGGAGUUCGAAUCAAGUAACGUUGUAGAGGGAAGAUUGAGGCUGGAAAGCCUCGCUGACGGCGAGGUCCGGCCCAAAUUUGCGCCCGAUCUCCUGCGCAAGCUCGCAGGCGGAGCCCUGACGAGAAUAUCAUGGCCAUCCCGCGCAACCAAAGACAAAGCUCGAACAGGCGCGCAACUCGACGAGGACGUAGGCGUCCUGUUGGCAGAACAGUGGGCGUUGCAACAGCCUGCAGCUAGGCGCGAUGGCGAAGGGCGUAUCGUAGUGGCCGCAAGCAAGGAUAUGGACUGGGGAGAUCGCCUAUGCGGGGGUUUAUCGGGCGUCAGGGUAUUGGUGGUGACCUUGCUUGGCUGGGGAGCUAACCUGACGUCGAUCGCGGAGAGUCGGGAGUGGAAGAGACUGGCGGUGGAUUUUGUGGACGUUCUUGACAUCCUGCGCGAUAAAGCAGGACCGUUCGUUGAAGAAGACGGGGACGAGGAGAAGACGGGGGAGAAAGCGGGGGGGAAUAAGCGUGAGAGAAAACCGUCGGCGAGAGUUCUUGAGGGGUCUGCGUGA